AUGAAUGCUCCCAUUUCCUCGCCGUCGCAGGCCGCCGCCGCCUCCGCCUCCGCCUCCUCGUCCUCGAAUACUUCUGCCUCGUCGUCUCUCCGCACCUCGCCCGAGCAAAUGACCUCGGUGCCCGCCCCGCCGGCCCAGCAGGACAUGAAGCAGCCCUCGACCGACGCCUUUCUCAAAGACUUUACCCUCGUCGCCGAGGCGGCCAAGCGCGCCCAGGUCGCUGUCAUGUCGCACCACGCCGUUGAAAUUCCACUUGGUCCCCUCGCAACAGUGCCACUUUCGAGACGACGGCUGUUUGAGCCCUGA